UUCCGGCGCAGCUCCUGAAGGCGGUCGGUGGCCGUGUCAUGGAUCGCAAUCCCUCGCCGCCGCCGCCUAGUCGGGACAAGAGCGAGGAGGAGGAGGUGGCCGGAGGAGACUGCAUCGGGAGCACGGUCUACAGCAAGCACUGGCUCUUCGGCGUCCUUAGCGGGCUCAUCCAGAUUGUUAGCCCUGAGAACACCACAUCCAGCUCAGAUGAUGAUAAACAUCAGAUGGAGCUUGAUGAAGAAAUGGAGAAUGAAAUUUGCAAAGUAUGGGAUAUGUCAAUGGAUGAGGAUGUGGCUUUAUUUCUCCAAGAAUUUAAUGCCCCUGACAUAUUUAUGGGAGUACUGGCAAAAUCCAGAUGUCCUCGAUUAAGAGAAAUCUGUGUGGGAAUUUUAGGUAACAUGGCCUGUUUCCAGGAAAUAUGUGUGUCCAUCAGCAAUGAUAAAAAUCUUGGGCAGGUUUUGUUGCACUGUUUGUAUGAUUCAGACCCUCCCACUCUGCUGGAAACAAGCAGGUUGUUGCUCACUUGCCUUUCCCAGUCAGAAGUGGCCAGUGUCUGGGUUGAAAGAAUCCAGGAAUAUCCAGCUAUUUAUGACACCAUUUGCUUCAUUAUGUCAAGUUCAACAAAUGUUGAUCUGCUGGUGAAAGUGGGGGAAGUUGUGGACAAGCUUUUUGAUUUGGAUGAGAAGCUGAUGUUGGAAUGGAUAAAAAAUGGGGCUGUUCAGCCUCUGGACCAACCCCAGGAAGAUUCUAAAGAGCAGCCAGUGUUUAAAAUUGUGCCCUGUGUACUUGAAGCUGCCAAACAAGUACGCUCUGAAAAUCCAGAAGGGCUCGAUGUUUACAUGCAUAUCUUACAGCUGCUUACCACUGUGGAUGAUGGAAUCCAGGCAAUUGUACAGUGUCCUAAUACUGGAAAAGACACUUGGAAUUUACUUUUUGACUUGGCCUGCCAUGAAUUCUGCCAGUCUGAUGAUCCACCCAUCGUAAUUCAAGAACAGAAAACAGUGCUAGCUUCUGUUUUUUCAGUAUUGUCUUCCAUCUAUGCUUCACAGGCUGAACAGGAGUAUAUAAAGAUAGAAAAAGAGCUUCCUCUAAUUGACAGCCUGAUUCGUGUUUUACAAAAUGUGGAGCAUUGUCAGAAGAAACCAGAGAAUUCAAUGGACUCUAACACAGAAGAAACUAAAAAGUCUGAUUUAACCCCAGAGGAUUUCCACUUGAAAAUCUUAAAGGAUAUUUCAUGUGAAUUUCUUUCUAAUCUUUUUCAGAUAUUAACAAAGGAGACUGUAGCUCAGGGACUAAAGGAGGGGCAUUUAAGCAAACCGAAGUGUUCCUGUGUAUUUCAAAACCUCCUUCCUUUCUAUAGCCCUGCAGUGGAGGACUUUCUCAAAAUCCUACAGGAAGUUGAUAAGACCCUUGCUGAUGACCUGGAAGAAAGCUUCCCAAGUUUGAAGGUUCAGACUUAAAAACUGAAUUGGAAUUUCUUCUGCCCAAGAAAUAAACUUUAUUUUCUUCACUGACAGUUGAAAUUCACAUACAGGAAAUAUUAUAUAAGCUUAUAUUAGA